AUGUUUCAGCCGUUCGUUCCGAUCGGUCGUGCUCUGGGUAAACCUCUCCCAUCCGGACAAGUCGGCAUUGCCGCAUACGCCUACUGUACAACACGGCAUCCUACCUACUCUACCAAACCACCUCCAUGGCGGCAACAUGCAAAGAAUCAAGGGAAAAUACGCAGCAAAGAAAUGAGUCAGUUGAAUGGUUGCCCGUCUUACGAGCGUGGCGAGUCUGCUCUAGCACCGACGCACAUCACGUGUACUGUACGUCGGAACGGCAUAGCCGAUGUGAAAACAGCUCACCACCAGAGUCAUGCUACCGAGUCUUUGUCAAGAUACCGUCACUACUGCUUCACCAAGAUGCUCACCGACAUGUCGGAGGCCGUCAACCAGAUUCCAGCACACCACGUUCUCGCACUACCCCACAAACCCACAAACUCAACCGGGUAUCAGGACUGUGCCUUGCCCCAGUGCAGCAACGCCUUUCACUUGCGCAUCUCUAUUGUCGGUGUACAAGACAACGUGAUCAAUGACGCCAGAAAUCUACUCUUAGUCGUAGCCAAGGGAGAGAACGUUGUCGUGCAUCUCCCCGCAUAUCUGUACCAAGCUUUGGAGAUCUCGCGCCGUUGCACGUUCAUUCCCGCCGAACCAGAACAUGCGAGAGAUGACGGUAGGCAAGCUGCAUGUACAUAUCAUGAGGGCAAGGAGAAGGCCAUGCUUUGUUCUAUUCCCCGGAACGCUGACUGUAGCAUGCAGGGAGCGGUGCACGACCUUGCAGCAGUCCUGAGGGUGAACAGGGUCGGUGACAUGUCGUCGGUACAAAUUCCGAGUUCAAAGUACGGUACCAGAGUCUCACGCGACUACGUACAGCCAGGCAAUCCGCCACUCGGCUUCAGCAUUGCGCCAAAGCUCUUUGCGCCUUCUUGGAAGCUUCUCGGCAGCUUGACUGUAACCCGUGAGCACCACGUCGGCAUCUAA